AUGCGUCGCACAAUUCCAUCCAAGCUAAUAAGUGCGAGCGCUGACUCCACCCUCCUUCCCUUCCUUUAUUACACGCGAACAAUCAUAACCCCUAACCGCAAUCACCGAAGCUCCUCCAGGCUAUGGCCACUGGCACCGAGUCAAUCGUGCCCUUAUUCAACGGCUCGAGAAUUAUCUUCGGAUGGAAAAUUCAAUAGAACCUCAUUUCCCACAACCGAGGCUUGCGACUCAAGCAGCAAUGUCAGUGAAUCGACAGAUUUCCCAGGCUAUUUGAAACAACGGGCUUCAAUUGUCCCUCUCCGGAGAGUAAAAGCGUCGCCUCGUUCAACUUUGACCGCCACAGAACUAGAAAUAUUCAGUCGUCUUGCGGACAAUCCGGUUGAUGAAUCUCGGCCUGGUAAUACACAGGGUGAUCAUCCUCGAUCUAUUCCACCAAAGCAAACAUUGGAGGCCGGCUCUAAUGACCCAGAAAAAGCUGAAAUUACCUCUAUUUUCAAUUCCGUUGUUGAGAAUUUGAAUCAAGAAUCCCCGCGGACCAUUCAGAUUGCAAAUUCGAAAAAAGCAAAUGAUGAGAUGGACAGUGCCGCCACCUCCGGUGGUAAACUCCACGAUAUCGCACCGGACUCCGCACAGUUUUCGAAAGUAUACUCUAAACUACGUGCCUUUCGAGACAGUGUUGUUGACACUUCUACUCCCGAAGGCAUACAGCAUGCUGGAAUUGAUCCUUACCUUCUCGCGAAAUUGAUUGCGAAACGAGAGAGUUCUAAAAUCUGCGAGGAACUCGACAACGCUGUUACUAAUGGCAAGGGCGACAUUGGGAUUUGGCAGGUUUGUGAAGAUAAAAUCUUUGCAAUGCUAGGGAUGCUCAGCCAGGAAAGCCUAGCAUCACUCCCCGGGUUUCAAGACGAAUGCAAUCAAGGCGAUGGACAUGGACAGAAACGGAGUGCCCUGAAUAAUGGUUCUGAAAUUAUAGGAAGCCCCAAGACUACAAUCAAAGAGGCCAGUCCGCUUAAUAUCCCCGAUAACGUACCUAUCGCUCCCGUGGUUUUACACACAUACCCAACCGUACUUCUCCAUGCAGCAAAACUGCUUCAUAAACAUUAUCCCAUGUCCCAGUUCAGCACACAAUUACUCGAUACUGUCAAAGCGCACGGGCGACUUUCUUUUAUAAUGGGGGUAUCGGCGAGCCUCUGCAACGAAUUCAUAUCAUUUAGAUGGCGAGUAUACAACGAUCUGCCAUACGUGGUAUCAGUCCUCGAAGAAAUGGAGGAGGCUGGAAUUAAAUUCAAUCGGGAAACUCUUGAGAUACUCGAUAAGAUACGCAGCGACCGGCGGGUCGAUAAAAUGAGACCAGGAUCGCAGGAUGAUGAACAGGGCGAUGGCACCUGGUGGUGGGAGUCGGAAGCCACUAGAACAUCAUAUAAAGACCUAGUAGGCUGGGGCCGUGGUAAAGUCGGAUGGAUUACUCGGAUUAGGGAUCAGGUCAGGAAGGAAGCGGCGAGGAAGAAGAAAAUGGCACUGCCUAUUCACCAAAUGUGA